AUGACGGCGGCCGGCGCGGAGCUCGCAGAGGUCAUGGCGGAGAGCGGUACGAUGGGCCCCGCGGCGCUACUGACGGAUCGCCAGAUUGAUCGACUAUCCGACUGUCGAUUCGAUGGCGACGGUGACUGUGGCAGUGGCGGCGGCGGCGCAGGCGCCGUUUCGGCACGGCAGCGGUUUCCAGAUUUUGCCGAGGAGGGUUUACCGCGUGGUGCUCCCAGCGCGGAGCUGUUAAACCCUGGCGCAGUGACCCUGCCGCUGUUCCACGUGCGCGAAGGGUUUUGCGCGUCUUUCUCCGCGCCCGGGGGGAGGUUUGGCGCGCCCGCGUCGUCCGCGCGCCUGAGGCGCCGCGUCGCCGCCCCAGCGUUCGCCCCCUUUCUGAAGGCCGCGUCUGCGCCGCCCGCUGCCGAACCUCUCCCUUCUUCCGCCGCGUCUGCGCCGCGCACGACCGGAUCUGCGCCGCCCACAGUGUCCUCGGUACAAGCAGCCCCGUUAUCGUCCACAGCUGCUUUUAAGCUGUCACUCAAUGACUCUAUAUUACUCCCCGCGUAUUCCCGUUCCGCUCCCCGCACCCGCUCUGCCUCUUCCGCAACUUCGUCGGCUCCCCCCGCGCACCUUCGCAGUCCUGAUCUCGUCGCCCCGCAAUCCCUCCCCGCGCGCCCCACCUCCCCCACGCCCACGCUCCCCCCUUCCCCCGCCCGCCAAGCCCCUCACUUCGCCCCCUUGCCCGAGCGCAAGGCCCCGCCCGCCCUCUCCCCCGCUCGUCCGCACGAACUCCACCCGGCGGACCUCUCUGCCGGCCGCCCUGCCGUCCGGCCGCGGCGCCUGCCGGCCGUGCACGCGCUGGCGGACGGCGCGCUGGCGCUGCUCGUUCCGCUCGCAGGGACCGGGCCGCAGGUGCUGCAGAUGCUGGGCGGCCCGGCGGCGUGGGUGAGGCGGUUCGUGAUGUCAGUGGGUCUGGCCGUGGCGCUGUACAGUGUGAGCGUGGUCGCCGCCGUGACUGCCGCGUUCUACUGGGCGUGGUGGCCGAUUUGGCGCGCUGCGGCGAAGAAUCUGGCUAUGCGGAUUCGGUACAGGCAUGCUGGGCUGUGGAAGGCGCGGCUGCUGGACUUGCAGGUGGUGCGCGUGGGGCGGCAGACCAGGUGGCGCGUGCUGAUUGGCGACCACAGCCGCACAACCCUGGAGAUGGACGUGGUGCCGCCUCACAAGAGCGUGUGCCUGCGCCGCGGCGACCCAGUGGAGCUUCUUGUCCUAUCUGACUGCCCCUCGCUCUCGCGCUUCCGAGCCGCCCGGGAAAUCUUCUUUCCGCAGCGGUCCCUCUGGCUGGUGGGGGACAAGCAGGCUUGUGUCGAGCGGUCCGUAUUCGAGGAGAUGAGGAGGAAGGUGGCUUUAAGGGCUGCUGUGGAGGAUGGGGAGGACAGUGAGGGGGAGGACUGGGACGGGCUGUACUCGCUUUUGACGGAUGAAAACGAGCAGCUGCUGCAGAAUUAUAGCUAUAACGAGGCGUCUAGUAUGCAGGCGGAGAUGGAAGGCGGUGGGGGGAAGGGCAUUGGGGGAAGCCUGGGGGGAGGGUUACCUGGGGGAGUGGGUGGGUUUGAAGGGGUGGCUGGAGGCAUGUCUGGGGGAGGUGCGUCUCUGGGCGGAAUCACUUCUUUCUCUGAAGAUUUGGGGGUAAAGGAGGGACAGGAGCUAUUGCCCCAUCAGGGGUUGUUGGAUUACUCCGCGAUGGAGGGACCAGGUUCGGGAGGAUUCCGCGACCCGGCGCUGGUCAGUAGCUUUGGCGGCGGUGGAGGCUCGGUAGGGGCGGUGGCGGAUGGAUUGGCAGCUUCGUCGUCGUGCCUGAUGGAUGGUGGAGGUUCGGGGCCGCUGUCUGUUCUUCUGAGCGAUGGCCAGGAUUCGGAGCUGCUGGAAAGGUUAAGGGAGGUGUGA